UCCUACUUCAAGCAUCGUCGUUUCUUAGCUCCAGCUCCCCUUCUCUCUCUCUCUCUCUCUCUCUCUCUCUCUCUCUCUCUCUCUCUCUCUCUCUCUUUCUCUUUCUCUCUCUCUCGAGUAGUGUCGUUUCUGAGUUCCAGGCGACCCUGCUCUUUCUCCUGAUGGAGGAAUAGCAGAUCUUGGGUCAGUGUUAAAACUCUACUUAUUGUUGUUGUGAUAGCUUUCUUUGGAGGGAGAUAGAUGGGAACGGAGAGGAAGGAGGCCAUGGCCAAGAGAGAACGAAUCGAGGCAGUUCUCAAUAUAUUAAAGAAACAAGCUCCUCUAACGGUGAAACAGGAGAAGUUCUGCAACGAUGCAUGUGUGGAACGGUUUCUGAGAGCCAAAGGAGACAAUGUGAAGAAGGCUGCCAAGCAUCUGAGAACAGUACUUAGUUGGAGAGAAAGCAUUGGAGCUGAGCAUUUAAUAGCUGAUGAGUUCUCCGCGGAGCUGGCUGAAGGCGUGGCGUACGUGGCAGGUCACGACGACGAGGCCAGGCCUGUCGUGGUUUUUCGCAUAAAGCAAGAUUAUCUAAAAUUCCGUUCUCAAAAGAUGCUUGUGCGCUUGUUGGUUUUCACGUUGGAAGUGGCCAUUUCAUCCAUGUCCAGAUUUGUGGGCCAAUUCGUCCUCCUCUUUGAUGCCAGCUUUUUCAGAUCAGGCUCGGCUUUCCUCAACUUGUUCAUGGGCAUUUUGAAGGUUAUCUCAGACUACUACCCUGGUCGGCUCCACAAGGCUUUCGUGAUCGACCCCCCUUCCUUCUUUGCCUAUCUCUGGAAGGGCAUCCGUCCAUUUGUGGAGCUUUCAGCGGCCACCACUCUGGUAUCCUCCCUUGACUUCGAGGACUCGCUGGAGGACAACAAUACGUUCGCGUCGUACCCGAGGGCCACCUCCCUUCGUUUCGACCCGGCCACCACCAAGUUCGGCGGCGGAUCCACGUCGUCGCGCUUCUCCUUCACCGUCUCCCACUUGGAUUCCCUCAAGCCUUGGUACCUCUCCACCACCACUACGCGAACGGUGGUUCCCACUGCCAGCCCCUCAUUGAUUGGUGCUUCGCCGCUCAAUGCUCGAUCCUUCUCCUUCGCCUCCCCGGCGGCGAGAUCGACUCCAAAUAGAGGGAGAGGCAUGGAUUCCAUCAGCAGGAGCAUACCAUCCACUCCCUCUUCAUGCCCACCGCCAAAUCGUAAACAGCAGCCGCAGCAGCAGCAGCAGCAGCCGAGGACACCGAGGCCGUCGUUCUUGCAGUCUCCAGCAAUGCUCUUCUCCUUUAAGAAGGAGGGGCAGGCGAGCAGAGGAGGGCGAGAGAGGGAGUCAUUCCUGCCAUUCCUCAGGUUCUACCGGAGGCCAUACGACGAGAUGAUAUAUCGUGCAAAGAUGCGACCUCCCCUAGGUGGCCUCAUCUCCAUUGUUUCCCCACACAAGCAGCAGCAGAACCGCAAACCCGUUGCCCAACAUCACCAAAGGAUCUAAGAUCCUUAAUUGCAUGUACUCAUCAUCGUCGUCGUAAACUACAUUAGUAGUAUUAUCAGUGAGCAGCAAUAUUAGACACAAUAGCAGCUGUGAUAUUCGUAAAGGAUGUAAAAUAAUGGUGUGGUUUAGGUUUUAAUAAAUUCUAGCAUUACGUAGAACGCAGAUGGAGUGGAUGGAUUAUUCUCAUUAAAAGAAGAAAUCAUGUUGACUUACCUUGCUAUUGCACAAUAAUUAUAGUGUCCUUUUCUUUA